AAACGUCACCGCGCAAAGAGAGCAAAAGUUUUGAAAACAUUACACUUUUAUCUCCACGGUUCAAUUUGCAAGCAGAGGAAAAAAGGUUUUCACUACGCAUUUAAUGCGGAAUAUCGCGAAAUAGUUUGGAACUUAACCCCGCGUUCGUUCGGCGCUCGCAGUUUUACGUUUUCGUUUCCGAUUCGCCCCCCCAGCAAAGCUGGCCUCGCAAACUUGAGCAGGAGGAAAAGCUAUCCAAAAUGUCCGAGUCGUACGAUUAUCUGUUCAAGUUUCUCAUCAUCGGCCGAGCUGGAAGUGGAAAGUCGUGCCUGCUGCAUCACUUCAUCGAGAAUAAAUUCAAAGAGGACAGUUCGCACACGAUCGGGGUCGAGUUUGGCUCGCGCAUCGUCAACGUCGGCGGUAAAUCGAUCAAGCUGCAAAUCUGGGACACGGCCGGCCAGGAACGGUUCCGCUCGGUCACGCGGUCCUACUACCGUGGGGCAGCCGGCGCCCUGCUCGUGUACGAUUCCACCUCGCGGGACAGCUUCAACGUGCUGUCGAACUGGCUGAACGACGCCCGGACGCUGGCCUCGCAGAACAUUUGCAUCCUGUUGGUGGGCAACAAAAAGGACCUGGAGGAGGAGCGCGAGGUGACGUUCCUGGAGGCGAGCACGUUUGCGCAGGAGAACGAGCUGAUUUUUCUGGAGACGAGCGCCAGGACGGGGGAGAACGUGGAGGAGGCGUUCCUGAAGUGCUCGAAGACCAUUUUGGCGAAGAUUGAAACGGGCGAGCUGGAUCCGGAGCGGAUUGGAAGUGGCAUUCAGUACGGGGACACGUCGAUGCGGGGUGGAGGUGGUGGAGGUGGCACCGGGUUGGCUGGAGGCCGGGCGCAGAGCAGCGGAAGACGCCGAACGCCGGAUUGUGCCGGGGGGUGUCGUCCUUAGAGCGAGUCGCUGCUUCUGGAAUCUGUUGCUGUUUUUAUUCGGCGUACCAACAAACUUAGCAAAAAAGCAAAAAAAAACUUAGUGAUUGGGGGGUGAGUCACACAAAUACAAAAAACGAUUGUAUUGCACACGACUGUAUUUUUUUGUGUUUGGUAUUUAUUUAAAAUUAAUUCGCGACCAGAUUCGAGAAAGAGUCGACACGCAUUCGUCGUCGUUCGAGCGUUUACUUUUUCCAAACCAUUCUACUUUAUAUUCCUUUUAACUUAUGUUAGAGAGAUCUGCAAAAGAAAGCAAACAAAAUUGCUAAAACUGAAUUAGAGAAACACACCGGAACACAACAAUGUUCGCCACAAUCUCAAACAUGUGAUCGUUUAUGAUUCUGAGUUAGAUUUAUUCACAUUUAUGAUAAAUAUUCUUUUACACAACAAACACCAUAAUCAAAAGCAUAUUUUUUACCUUUU